AUGUUUCCCAAAAUAAACAAAUCAGACGUAAAACCAAGAUCAUUUUCAGUUAACGUCGAUUACUCUGGAAUGAAAUCAAAAGCAAAAAGAAAUAUUUCACAUUACUCUUAUAAAAUAGUAGAGAAACUACACGCUUAACCUGCAUCAAAUGGGAUUAUAAAUAUAGUUCCUUAAAAAGAAAAAUCAGGCUCAUUAAUAAUAAUCAUUGAGAGUGUUGAGGACUUUUUAAAAGAGAUAGCAUAAAAUCAUAAAUACUAGUAAUUUUUAAAGUUCAAAGAUUUCCUUAAUGAGAAAUAAAUUACUCAAUUUUUUCGCUACAUCUAAAAUUUUUUGAUAAAUUUACAGAGCUCCAUGUUUGAACACCACUAUUGUACUUUUUAGUUAAACAAAAAACCUAUAGACAUUGUGACAGCAGACAGUAAAACAGUUUAUGAAGUUAUUACCGAAUUUAUGAUUCAGCAUCAAAAACCGCAUGAAGAUCUUCAUAUUUAUGGAGGAGACUUUUCAUUAAUACACAAAUCAGACUUUCGACAAAUUAUCUAUGUUUCUGAAUAGAGGAUUGAAAAAUAAAUGAAAAAAGAAAUCAAAGUAAAUGAAAAAGCAUUUCGAUUUAGGACUUAAAUUCAAGGUUAAGUGAACGAUACGAAUUAAGAUGAUAUACUUAUAGAUAAUCGAGUCUAUUAAAUUGGUAUGCAUAAGAAAAACAAAGAGAUCAAAUAAUAUUUGCAACAAUAGAAUAAUGAGAGGAGAGAAUUAAAUUAACCUUCAAGGAAAUCAAAGGAGUUAUAAAUUAAGAAGAUUAGUGGUUAAACAGAGAAGAAAAUAGAUUUAGCUUAAGAAUUACCUUAAAUUUGUGAAUAAAUUUAUGAAAAAUUCAAAAAACAUUUUUAAAUAGAAUAUAUAAGUGUAGAUAAGGAAUUAUUUUCUUAAUUUUUAUUACUUUGUGAACUCAGCAUUUAAUAUUCCAUAAAUCUAACUUUAUAAUAAUAGAUCACCAGAUUUAACGAAGAUAAUGAGAAAUGUCGAUUGCUAAUAAAAAAUGUACUUUAUUUUGAGUUCAAAAUAUUAAAGAGCAUGAACCUAAAUUUACAACAACUGUAAAAUUGUGUUACUCAAGCUUUAUUGAAAUUUAUCAAUUAAGAUACAAAAUGCCAAGAAGCACUCAAUAAAAUUUACUGGAAUGCAUUCUUGAGAUUCAAAACAUUUUAUAUUGAUUAAAAAUGGACAACAAGUGAUUUUCGUUAUUUUUUGCUUUUGCUUAACGAAGAAUCUCCACUUACUCUAUAGAUCUAUUUAUAAUUACCAAUCAGAGAAUUAUCAAAGGCUAUUUUCUCACUCAAUGAAGACCUUCUGUAAUAGAUAGUAUGGUAAAUAUUAUAUACUAAAUAAUUAUGA